CUCACAACAACCCACAGCAUGCUCAAGUUACUGGGAGAGAAUAUAUAAACCUUUCUUCACUCCCAACAGACCUAGACUUCUCAGUCCGCCUCUGUCAUCCUAGACUGGCUCCUUCCAUGAGAUUUGAACAAGUUGUAAGUACGUGCAAGAAGACAUGGGGGCAAAAACUCCUUGGAUCCAACUUCAGAAACUUCUCAACUGGUGGGUCAGAGACCAAGACUGGAACCAGCACGUGGAUCAGCUACAUAUGCUACAGCAAAAAAGUAUUUGGGAGUCUCCGCUGCUUAGAGCAGCCAAGGAAAAUGAUAUGUGCACACUUAAGAAACUUCAACAUGACCAGAACUGUGACUUCCGGCAAAGAGGAGCUCUGGGAGAGACAGCACUGCAUGUAGCCGCCCUCUAUGAUAACCUGGAUGCUGCUAUAAUGCUGAUGGAUGCUGCUCCAUACUUGGUCACAGAGUCCACACUGUGUGAGCCAUUUGUAGGUCAGACUGCACUGCACAUCGCAGUCAUGAACCAGAAUGUGAACCUAGUCCGUGCCCUGUUGGCCCGAGGGGCCAGUGCCUCUGCCAGAGCUACAGGCUCCACCUUCCAUCGAAGUUCGCACAACCUCAUCUACUAUGGAGAACACCCUUUGUCCUUUGCUGCCUGUGUGGGUAGUGAGGAGAUUGUUAGGCUGCUCAUUGAGCAUGGAGCUGACAUCCGUGCCCAGGACUCCCUGGGAAAUACAGUACUACACAUACUUGUCCUGCAGCCCAACAAAACCUUUGCCUGUCAGAUGUACAACCUGCUACUGUCCUAUGAUGGGGGAGACCACCUGAAGUCCUUGGAACUUGUGCCAAACAAUGAGGGACUCACCCCCUUCAAGUUGGCUGGGGUGGAAGGCAACACAGUGAUGUUUCAACAUCUAAUGCAGAAACGGAAGCGCAUCCAGUGGUCCUUUGGGCCCCUAACAUCUUCCCUCUAUGACCUCACAGAGAUUGACUCCUGGGGUGAGGAGCUGUCCUUUCUGGAGCUUGUGGUUUCCUCCAAGAAGAAAGAGGCUCGACAGAUUCUAGAACAGACCCCAGUGAAGGAGCUGGUGAGCCUGAAGUGGAAGAAAUAUGGACAACCUUAUUUCUGCCUCCUGGGUGCUCUGUACAUCUUCUACAUGGUCUGCUUCACCACAUGCUGUGUUUACCGCCCCCUCAAGUUCCGAGAUGGCAACCGUACACAUGUUCGAGAUAACACCAUCAUGGAACAGAAAUCACUACAGGAAGCAUAUGUGACUUACCAGGAUAAGAUCCGGCUGGUCGGGGAGCUGGUGACAGUCUUUGGGGCUGUGAUUAUUCUACUCCUAGAGAUCCCAGACAUCUUCAGAGUUGGUGCCUCUCGCUACUUUGGACAAACAGUUCUUGGGGGUCCAUUCCAUGUCAUCAUCAUUACAUAUGCCUCCCUUGUGCUACUGACUAUGGUGAUGAGGCUUACCAAUGUAAAUGGGGAGGUAGUGCCCAUGUCCAUGGCCCUGGUGCUGGGCUGGUGUAGUGUCAUGUACUUCGCCCGAGGAUUCCAGAUGCUGGGGCCCUUCACAAUCAUGAUUCAGAAGAUGAUUUUUGGAGACCUACUGCGCUUCUGCUGGCUAAUGGCUAUGGUCAUCCUGGGAUUUGCCUCAGCCUUCUAUAUCAUUUUCCAGACAGAGGAUCCAGAUAAUCUGGGGGAAUUCUCCGACUACCCCACAGCAACGUUCAGCACCUUUGAGCUGUUCCUCACCAUCAUUGAUGGACCUGCCAAUUACAGAGUGGAUCUGCCCUUCAUGUACAGUGUUACCUAUGCCACCUUUGCCAUCAUCGCCACACUGCUCAUGCUCAACUUGUUCAUUGCCAUGAUGGGCGACACUCAUUGGCGAGUGGCCCAGGAGAGGGACGAGCUCUGGAGAGCACAAGUUGUAGCCACCACAGUGAUGCUAGAGAGGAAAAUGCCUCGUUUCCUGUGGCCUCGCUCUGGUAUCUGUGGUUGCGAAUACGGCCUGGGAGACCGCUGGUUCUUACGGGUUGAACACCACCAGGAACAGAAUCCUUAUCGAGUACUUCGAUAUGUGGAAGCUUUCAAAUCUUCAGACAAAGAGGAAGUACAAGAGCAGCUAUCUGAGAAACAACCUUCUGGGACUGAGACUGGGACAUUAGCUAGAGGCUCUGUGGUUCUCCAAACACCUCCUUUGUCCAGGACUACAUCCCUAAGCAGCAAUAGCCACCGUGGAUGGGAAAUUCUCCGUCGAAACACCCUGGGACAUUUGAAUCUUGGACUAGACCUUGGUGAAGGGGAUGGGGAGGAGAUCUACCAGUUCUGAAGAGAAUCCUGUUUCUGUAGACUUAGCCCCAGGUAGGACAAGGUGUGAGAGAGAGGGUUGGGGGUAGUUGAGGGUGGGCAGGGAGAAGAGAGCUAGCUGCUUUGCAAGAAUCUGAAUUCUAUGGUUAUGGAUAGUUGGAUGAUAUACACAAAAGAUUCUCUAAGAGGCAAUAUUUCACAUUUCACAUUUGAGCAUUUGCAGAGAUGGGCAAUGGUCAUCAAGUGUUGUAUGUACCUUUUCAGUUUCUCUAAAGCUCAUAUCCUGAGAGCCUGGCAACUGAGGAUAUGAAAUGGGGGCUAAUUGACAUCUCUGGUUGACAUCUGGACCAUCUUUCUUAUGCUUUGAACAGAAGGCAGAAGGCAGCAAGCCAGGAGACUUGCCUAAUUUUAUAAUGCAUAAUGUGGAAAGAACCAUCAUACCAUGAACAUCCUUUCUAUCUCCUUACCCUUCCAGGGAUUCUCUUCCCAGCUAGCAAAUCCCAUGUAGAAAACUAUGGAAAAAAUAUUUCCUUAUCCUGUUUUCUUUAAUUUUUCUCUUAUAUCAAAAACUAUAUAUUAUAUAAAACAUCAUUUUUUCAGUAUAAAGUAUGUUCAGCCUAUUGUAUAGCCAUUACUAGAAUUCAUCUACAACCAUUUUUCAUCUCAGACACUCCCAUUCACUGAACAGUAACUCUCCACUAGGCCUUUCCUUUAGUCCUCACUAACCAUUAUUUUACUUCCUCUCUGGGAAUUGAUUGUAGUUGCUUUAUCUAAGGAGAAUUGUACAAGAUACAUUCCAUUGCACUUGCCUUGUUUUAUUUAGUAAGGUAGUUUCAAGGUUUCUUCUCUUCUCUAAAAGUAUCAGAAUUUCAUUUCUUUUUAAGUCUGAAUAUACCUACCCCGUAUUUUAUUCAUCCAUGUAGCAAUGGCUUUUCUUAUCUUCUGGUUAUUGGGAAUAUUGCUGCUAUGAAAAUAAAAGUGUGCAUGUCUAUAGAGGCCCUUGUUUUUAAUUCUUGGGUGUUGUGAAAGAAUUAUAUGCCUAGAAAUUGAACUGACA